AUGACCAUUUACGAUCAACUACUCUUCCAUCGGGUGGUUUUCGUCAACCUUAGAAAGAUCUUUAGCCCUGGAUGGCUCACUCGGCAGAAGAUACUUUCGCAAUACCAGCGUCGGGGCAUUAAGCAUGCUUCCGAUAUCGAAGAUGUGACCCGUCCGAUGCGAUAUUGUGUGCGCAACAAACCAGAGCUCAACUUCAACGACCAGACCAACAAUUCCAACUUGCAUUGUCAAGCAUCCUGGAGGAAAAGCCCCGGCUACGAAGCGGCCUCCAUCGAGUCGUCAAAUGCAGUGAAGUAUUUGGGAAUUUGUAAGAUUCCAGCUGUUAGCAAAGGAAAGGCUCCUACGGAAUGGUUUUAUCAGGUUCACCAUUGA